AUGAAAGCUUUGUCGAGGACUGUCAAUACAUUAUUCGUGUAUGGAUUGCGUCGUAAUGUGCGCUUCGCACAUGCACAAGCUAUUGCUGCAAAUAAUGAGAUGCCAAUUAUGGAAGAUAGCAAAAACACUCACUUGAUGCCAUUAUAUUUGGACCUACAAGCUACAACGCCAAUGGAUCCACGUGUUGUGGAUGCAAUGUUACCAUAUAUGAUAAAUUCAUUCGGCAAUCCGCACAGUCGUACACAUGAGUACGGUUGGGACGCUGAAGAGGCCGUAGAACACGCUCGUCAACAGGUUGCAACUCUGGUGGGCGCUGAUCCAAGAGAGAUAAUUUUCACGUCUGGCGCUACCGAAUCUAAUAAUAUUGCUGUUAAGGGAGUGGCACAUUUCAACAAACAAGCUGGAAAGGAUCACAUUAUUACCGUGCAAACCGAACAUAAAUGUGUUUUGGAUUCUUGUCGAUACUUGGAAAAUGAAGGUUUCAAAGUAACCUAUUUGCCUGUCCAAAAGAAUGGUAUCAUCGAUAUAACCGAAUUGGAAAAGGCGAUCACAAAACAGACCACCCUCGUCUCGGUGAUGAGUGUGAAUAAUGAAAUUGGUGUUAAACAACCAGUCAAACAAAUUGGUGAAAUAUGUCGUAAGAAAAAAGUGUUCUUUCAUACGGAUGCAGCACAAGCAGUUGGUAAGAUUCCAGUCAAUGUUAAUGAUUCGAAAAUUGAUUUGAUGUCAAUCAGUGGACAUAAAAUCUAUGGACCAAGAGGAGUUGGUGCGUUGUACGUGCGAAGAAGGCCGAGAGUGCGGUUAGAGGCACAGAUGUCGGGUGGAGAACGACUCAUAUCGCAGCUCAAUGCGAAACUACCCCAUGUCAUUAGAAAUGGUGAUCCAAUGGAGACUUAUCCGGGUUGCAUAAAUUUGUCCUUCGCUUAUGUGGAAGGUGAAAGUUUGUUGAUGGCUCUGAAAAAAAUAGCGUUGUCAUCUGGAAGUGCAUGCACAAGCGCCUCUCUCGAGCCAUCUUAUGUCCUGCGAGCUAUUGGGGCGGAUGAGGAUUUGGCUCAUUCCAGUAUACGUUUCGGUAUUGGAAGAUUUACUACCGAACAGGAGAUCGAUUAUACGGUAGAGGAAUGUGUGAGAGAAGUGAAACGACUUCGUGAGAUGAGUCCUCUUUGGGAAAUGGUUCAGGAAGGUAUUGAUUUGAAGUCGAUCCAGUGGAGUCAGCAUUAA